UCCCCCUGUUGGUAUCUGAGGUGAUAAAGUGAAAGGGGAAAGGAAGAGAAGGUGGAGAUGGAACUGCCAAAUCAUGCCAAACAACUGCUUCUGCAGCUGAAUCAGCAACGAGCCAAAGGUUUCCUCUGUGACGUGAUCAUCGUCGUUGAAAAUGCCCUCUUUCGCGCCCACAAGAACAUCCUGGCAGCCAGCAGCAUGUAUUUCAAAUCCCUCGUCCUGCACGACAACCUGAUAAAUUUAGAUACGGACAUGGUCAACCCCACCGUGUUCCGUCAGAUCUUGGACUUUAUUUAUACUGGGAAGCUCUUAAUGACUGACCAGCCCGGUGAACAGAACUUUAAUGCUCUCCUCACCGCAGCAAGCUACCUCCAACUACAUGACCUAGCAGCCCUUUGCCGAAAGAAGCUGAAACGCAACGGGAGGUCUUUCGCUGGCAGGGCCGGCGGCGCCCCCAGUGUUGGGAGACCCCCGCGGAGUCAGAGACUUUCCACUGCUUCAGUCAUAACUCGUUAUUCAGGGUCAACUGAGGGGAUGAAGGGCUCUCACUCAAAGGAGAUGCCAAAGGGAAAGAUCUCAGAUGAUGAGGUCUUCAUCAGCAGUUCCAACCAAGAGAACUCUCAUGCUUUGAAUAGGGGGAUUGGUAAGAACGGCGGAGACGGGAGCAGUAGCAGUGCUAACGGGAGCAGUGGAGACCAGGAGCUUGGCCUUGAUCUGUCGAAGAAAAGCCCCUCGCUCCCUACGGCAGCAUCCUUGGAUGACAUGCAGCACAGCGAAAGCCAGCGUGGUUCCCCCCGACCUGCCUCCGCCCCCGCAGCCAACAGUGCCUCAUUGUUCGACGAGUCCGCCGCUGGAGCCCCACCAAACCUAGCUGACAACUGCGAACCCAUGGAAAUGGACCUGAGCGAGGACCGCCAGUCCCUCCCGGAAGGCAACCAGCGGAAGAGCCUGCGUCACUCAUCGCGCAAGAAGGAGUGGAUCAAGAAGGACAAUGCCUUUGACAGGAAAGAAGGUGGCAAAGGUACGGAAGAAAGCGAGGGGCUCCCCAAUGGUAUUCUGAUGGGUCCCUUGUGUAAGUCAGCGGAGCGGAAUCUGGGACUGGGCGCCUACGGGACAGAACUGCCAUUUCCAUGCAAGGAGGAAGUGGAGAACGGCAAGGAGAACAGUGACGAGAGCGGGCAGAGUGAAAGCGAGAGCGGCGGGCACACCAGCGCCAACUACGUCUACCGGCAGGAAGGCUACGAGCCAGUGGCCUUCGGGGACAACCUCUACGUCUGCAUCCCUUGCGGAAAGGGCUUCCCCAGCUCCGAGCAACUAAACGCCCACGUGGAAACACACACAGAGGAAGAUCUCUACAUCAAAGAAGAAGGCACGUAUGACGAUAAGGAGGAGGAAGCGGAGGAUCUGUCCAAUCCCAACCAGCCCUACACCUCAGAAUCCCGGCCCUUCAAAUGUUCCGUGUGCGAGAAGAGCUACAAAGAUCCGGCCACUCUCCGGCAGCAUGAGAAGACUCACUGGCUGACGCGACCUUUCCCUUGCAAUAUCUGCGGCAAGAUGUUCACCCAGCGGGGCACCAUGACGCGGCACAUGCGCAGCCACUUGGGCCUCAAGCCCUUUGCUUGCGAGGAGUGUGGGAUGCGCUUUACCCGGCAGUACCGACUGACAGAGCAUAUGCGUGUCCACUCAGGGGAAAAGCCCUACGAAUGUCAACUGUGCGGCGGGAAGUUUACCCAACAGCGAAACCUCAUCAGCCACCUGCGGAUGCAUAGCUCUCCUACAUAA